AAUGGUGCCUGCAUUCUUUGGUCUAUUUGUAAUAAGUCUUUGUUAUUUUUCGGCACCCACCAGUGCUCAAUCGGGACCUUUGGUCCAAACAGCCUUAGGCAAAGUAAGAGGUGCUGUGUUAAAAACUCAAAAAGGCUUUGAUUUUUAUGCCUUUCGUGGAAUACGUUAUGCUGAAGCAAAAAGAUUUGAAGCCCCUAGUUUUGUAACCAAAUGGGAAGAACCUGAAUUAGAUGGUACUAAAGAUGGACCGAUUUGUCCACAGUUUCUUUCUCCCACUCAACUUUUUGUACCAAUUUCUGAGGAUUGUUUAUUUUUGAAUGUUUAUACACGUAAUUUGAAUAAGACAACACAAAAUUCAGUUGUGGUUUAUAUCCAUGGUGGAGCUAAUGCUUUUGGCAGUGGUCACAGUUUAAGUGGUUUUGGACCACUGUACCUAUUGGAAAAUGAUAUUGUUUUGGUGACUUUUAACUAUCGCUUAGGACCAUUUGGUUUUCUAAGUUUAAACUCAACUGAAGCUCCUGGGAAUUAUGGUUAUCUAGAUCAAGUGAUGGUGUUAGAAUGGAUCCAUCACCAUAUCGCCGAGUUUGGAGGAAAUCCUGAAUCAGUGACUUUGUUUGGUAUGAGUGCUGGGGGAGAGGCAGUAUCCCUUCAUAUGGCUUCGCCAUUGUCCAAAGGAUUAUUUCAUAAGGCAAUUGCAAUGAGUGGUGCGGCAACAAGUGACAUUGUGGAAGAUAGUGUUAAAUGGACACACAAGCUUGCCCAUGAGACAUCAUGUCCUGUGUUUAAUUCUGAGGAUGUUCUCGGCUGUCUCAGGAAGUUACCAUGGGAAACUAUUGUUAAGGUCUGUGAAACAUGGAAGGCUUUUGGUUUUCCCAAUAUGAAAUGGGGCUAUCAAGUUGAUGGAAACUUUAUGCCAGCCAGACUCACUGAGCUUUUUGAUCAAGGAAAUUUCACCAGAAUUCCCUUACUAACUGGUUUGUCAAAAUACGAAUUUACCUUUUCGGUUUAUGAUCAAGAGAACAACACAGGACUAUUCAAUGAUAUUAGUUUAAAUUUUGACAAAUACGCACCUGAUAUUUUUCAGCACAAUUUUGACAGUUCCAAAUCACUGCAAACACUUAGGAAAUUUUAUCUUGGAAAUAGAACAAUCAAUGAUCAGAAAUUGGAACAUUUUGGAGAAAUAUUUGCGGAUUCAUUAAUUGGACAUGGAGUUCAUAGAUUAGUGGAUUUGGCUAGAAAGUUUAUUGAUGUUUAUUAUUAUCGAUUUGAUUAUGUUGGACGUUAUGGGGCUUACAUCGAUGCAGAGGGAAGUCCAAGAGGAGCAAGUCAUGCUGAUGAAUUGUUAUACUUAACGAAUGUAGAAACGAAUUUUUCACCAGAGGAUCCCGAUUGGCCAAUGGUGGAGCGGAUGGUGGGAAUAAUUUCUUCUUUUGCUCAAAUGGGAUCGCCAGAGGAUAUGAACGAUAUAAAAUGGCUACCAACAAAUAAAACUCAUUUAAAUACAAUGUACAUCGAUACAAAUGCAGAAUUAGGAUAUGGACCAUUUACAGAACGUUUUAGACUUUGGGAUGAACUCUUUCCAGUAAAUAGCAGUAAAACUGUUUAUGCUUCUACUCUUGUCGUAGUAUUAAUGAUUUUGUUCCAAUUGUUUAUUGAAUUAAAUUAAAUAGU